UGUGCUUCUGCGUGGCGUUUGGCCCUGGCGAGCGAUUGGCCUGGUGGACUCUCGCCUGCUCGCGUCGCAGCCCCUUGACUCCUGCGGGGAGGGAGCCAGGCGAAGGCGGGGGCGUUGCCUCAAGGGAAGCCGAGCGGCAAGCAGGCUUUCGGGAGAUGGCUCGCUCCGGAGGCGGGGGUCUGCUGCGCCUCCUCGCCCACCUCUCCCCCUCCGCGCGGGGGACCCGGCCCCGGAGAGCGCCCCCGGCUCUCUACAGCACUGCAGUGACCUCAGCAAAAGUGGAAGUGAAUGGUGUCCACCUGCAUUAUCAGCAGACAGGAGAUGGAAACCACGUCGUCCUGCUACUUCCUGGCAUGUUAGGAAGUGGCCAGACUGACUUUGGACCACAACUGAAGUCUAUGAACAAACAGCUCUUCACUCUAGUCGCUUGGGAUCCAAGGGGAUAUGGAAAAUCUAUCCCCCCGGAUCGAGAUUUUCCUCCAGAUUUUUUCGAAAGAGACGCCAAAGAUGCUAUUGACCUGAUGCAGGCACUGAAGUUUAAGAAAUUCUCUCUGCUGGGAUGGAGUGAUGGCGGGAUAACUGCACUCAUUGCUGCUGCAAAAUAUCCAGAUCUUAUCCACAAAAUGGUGGUUUGGGGAGCCAAUUCCAGCAUUACAGAGGAGGAUGUGAACCUUUACAAUGGUAUCCGUGAUAUUUCAAAAUGGAGUGAAAAAGCAAGGAAGCCAAUGGAAGAAAUGUAUGGACGUGAAUACUUGAGCAAAACUUGUGCAGCUUGGGUGGACGGCAUCUGCCAGUUUAUAUAUCAGCCAAAUGGUAGCAUCUGUCAAUCUGUAUUGCCUCAUAUUAAGUGCCCAACCUUAAUACUACAUGGGGAGAAAGAUCCGUUGGUACCACGUGCUCACCCAGAGUAUCUUCACAAGCAUAUCAUAGGUUCACAGUUACGUUUUGUGCCUGAAGGAAAACAUAAUCUGCACCUACGAUUUGCAGAAGAAUUUAACAAAGCGGUGGAAAAGUUCCUUCUAUAAAGCUGCCAAGUUUGCCUAAGGAUUAAGAGGCUAGUUCUCAAGGGACUGCCUGGCUGAGAGUUCGAAACCCCCAAAAUGUCCCUUCUAUAAAGCAUUGCUAUUAAAUGCUUGCCAAACACUUGUGUGUUCAUAAUCAUAGUAGCAGGGAUGGGAUGGAAAGGGAACCAAAUUUCUCUGUGUUCUUAUUGUCCCCAAAUUAUAACAUACCUCUGUGCCAGCAGUUUUCCUAUAUGAAGAAAUAUUCCCCGUGUGGUUUUUUAACUUAUACUAAAUGAGGAUUAAAGCCUACCAUUGCUUAACAA